AUGGAUUCCUUGGAGAACAUCUCAUCCCAUGAAGUCCCUGGUCCUAGAAAGUCUUGCCUAAACAAAUAUGCGUUUGCAGCUGCUCUACUGGCUUCCACAACCUCAAUCCUACUCGGAUAUGAUAUUGGUGUGAUGAGUGGCGCAAUCAUUUUCAUCAGGGAAAACAUCCACAUUUCAACAAUUGAAGUAGAGCUAUUGGUUAGUUCCUUGAAUGUAUGUUCAUUGUUUGGCUCGCUCCUUGCUGGGAGAACAUCUGAUUUGAUUGGUCGACGUUUUACCAUAGUGUUAGCAGUAGCAACCUUUUUCAUUGGUGCAGUUCUAAUGGGAUUUGCACCGUCUUAUGCAUUCUUGAUGGCUGGGAGAGUGAUUGCUGGUAUUGGCGUUGGUUACUCCCUUAUGAUAGGUCCAGUUUACACUACAGAGCUUUCCCCAUCUACAAGUCGAGGAUUUCUCUCAUCACUUCCUGAACUUUUCAUAACUAUAGGAAUUCUAUUUGGUUACCUAUCUAACUAUUUUUUAGCUGGUCUUCCAAAUCAUAUAAAUUGGAGAAUAAUGCUUGGAUUAGCAGGAUUGCCAGCAAUUGCCAUUGGUUUAGGUGUCUUGGUGAUGCCGGAGUCUCCUAGGUGGCUUGUCAUGAAAGGCCGCUUCGAUGAAGCAAAUAAGAUUCUGCUAAAAACAUCAGACUCAAAUGAGGAAGCUGAGUUAAGACUUAAAGAAAUGAAAACAGCUGCUUCAAAUUUGGGUAGCCAAUUUAGUGGUAAAGGUGUUUGGGAGGAGUUAUUGUUAAGGCCAUCUCGAUCCCUUCGUAGAAUUCUUAUUGCAGCCAUUGGCAUCAACUUUUUCAUGCAAGCUUCAGGCAAUGAUGCUGUUGUUUAUUACAGUCCCGAAGUGUUCAAGGCUGCUGGAAUCCACAACAAGAGACACCUUUUUGGUAUUACAGUAGUCAUGGGACUUAGCAAGACAUUCUUUGUUCUGGUUUCUGCUCUUUUCUUAGAUCGUUUUGGAAGGCGACCACUCCUGCUUAUAGGCACUCUUGGGAUGGUUGGCUCUUUGGUGGGUUUAGGCUUGGGAUCAAAAUUUUUAGUAGAAAAUGACCCUAAACCUACCUGGGCAAUUGUAUUAAGUAUAAUUGCUGUUUGUGCUGAUCUUUCAUUCUUUUCCAUUGGGCUUGGCCCCAUUACAUGGGUCUAUUCAUCUGAAAUUUUUCCAAUGAAGUACCGAGCACAAGGCACCAGCAUUGCAGUAUCAGUAAACAGGGUGGUGAGUGGAGCUGUGGCCAUGACCUUCCUAACCAUUGCAAACAAGAUUACCUUUGCUGGGGUUUUCUUUAUUCUUGCUGGGAUUAUGACAUUGGCUACCAUUUUCUUCUACUUUUUUUUGCCUGAAACAAAAGGUAAAACCCUUGAAGAGAUUGAGGCUCUUUUUGAGGAUGACAAGUUCUAAGU